AUGGAUGAAAAAGUCAGAAAUGUCAUCGGUGGUAAUGCUCCUGGGAAUAACCAACUGACAUCCAAGAUUCAAAAAGAAUUAGUUAGUUCUUGUGCCUCACAAGUAACAUUAGCCAUUCUUACUGAACUUGGAGAUAGGAAAUUCUCUUUACUAGUGGACGAGGCUCGGGAUUGUUCUGUAAAAGAACAAAUGGCAGUGAUGAUAAGGUUUGUGAAUAAGAAAGGUGAAAUAAUCGAGAGGUUUCUCGCCAUUGAGCAUGUUAGUGACACUUCAUCGCGCUCUUUAAAAGCGGCUGUGGAUAUGUUGUUUGCUCGGCAUAAUUUAUCUAUUUCUAGAUUGCGAGGUCAAGCAUAUGAUGGAGCAUCCAACAUGAGGGGAGAGUUUAAUGGGCUGAAGGCACUUAUUCAACGAGAAAAUCCUUUUGCUUUCUAUGUCCAUUGUUUCGCCCAUCAACUGCAGUUGGUGAUUGUUGCUAUUUCAAAACAUAUUCCGGUUGUUGCAGAAUUUUUUACUAACAUCAGUAUGAUUGUUACUAUUGCUGGUGCUUCUUGCAAAAGAAAAGAUGAAUUAAACAAACAUAGGGAUGCUGACAUUUUUGAGAAAUUAGAGACUGGUGAGCUUACUACAGGAAAAGGGCUUAAUCAACAGACUAAUCUUGCAAGACCUAGUGAUACUCGUUGGGGUACACAUCAUGUCACUUUAGCCCGUUUGUUGUCUAUGUGGAGUUCAGCCUUAUAUGUGCUUGAAAAGGUUUAUGAAGAUGGAAUUGAACCAGAGUCGAGGGGCAAAGCAAGUGCCUUGAUUAAACUGAUGGAAGACUUUCGCUUUGUAUUUAUUCUGUAUCUAAUGCUUAAAUUAUUGGGUAUAACGAAUGCAUUGUCGCUUGCCUUGCAACAGAAAGAUCAGAAUAUUGUUAAUGCGAUGAACUUGAUAGAAGUUUUGAAAGUAAAGCUACAAAACUUGAGAGACAGUGGAUGGGAUGCUUUGAUACAUGAAGUCACCAUGUUUUGUAACAAGCAUGGCAUUGUAGUGCCAGAUAUGGAAGAUCAGUUUCUUAUUCCAGGACGGGUCGUGCAAGGAACUUGGUUUUCCGAAUCUAGUACUGCAUUAUUAAGGUACAUCUCAUGUCUUGAUCCAAGAGAUUUUUUUUCUAGAUUUGAUCAACACAGUUUGAUUCGCCUUGCUGAACUUUAUUCUGAUGAUUUCUCUGCUAUUGACUUGCAAUUUUUGAGAGAGGAUCUAGAUACAUACAUUUGCGAAGUAAGAACAAGUUCUGAUUUUACUAGUUGUGAAUAUCUUUCUGUCCUGGCAAUUAAGAUGGUUCAAACGGGUAGACAUUUAGUGUUUCCAUUGGUUUAUCGUUUGAUUGAGUUGGCUUUGAUCUUACCGGUAGCUACCACAUCUGUUGAGAGAGCUUUUUCUGCAAUGAAGCACAUCAAGUCGAUUUACGGAACAGCAUGGCAGAUGAGUGGUUGA